AUGAAGAGAAGUGAGAUGCCCAGCUUCAAUAACCUGGCCCACCUGGCAGAAGAGAGCAGGAACCAGUUUGGUCUUGGAAGACCUACCAAGAAGAUCACCUUUGUCACCAAUGGAUUGGUCAGCAACCUGAGGUCUUAUGGAUCAGAUGUCUUCUCUAUGUGCAGUGGACUCACCACCUACAUGACUUAUGAAGUUCAUGCCAAGGUCUUAGGCAGUAGCUCAUGGGGUUUUGUUUCUUCCUUUCUUGCUUUCCAAGGAGUCCAAGUCAAUCUGGGAUCAUGCAUUACCCUGGAUGUCCUGAGAGUCGUGGAUCUGAAGUACUGCACUGGCAAUGGCAAUGGACAAGGCAGCAUCUUCAACCACACUCAAGUCAUCAUUGGUGGCCAGUCCCAAGUUGUGACCAUCAACAGGCAAUGGCGUGUGGCUGUCAUUGAGAAAAGGGCUGGCAUUGGGUCCUGGAAAACCAUCUGGAACUACAACACGGGCAUCAUUGUAACCAAAGUCACUCAGCAGAACGCCUGCUACAUUUCCACCAUGAACAGAAAUCAGAUGCCCCGCUUUGAUAACCUGGCUCGCCUGGCACAAGAGAGCAGGAACCAGUUUGGUCUUGGAAGACCUACCAAGAAGAUCACCUUUGUCACCAAUGGAUUGGUCAGCAACCUGAGGUCUUAUGGAUCAGAUGUCUUCUCUAUGUGCAGUGGACUCACCACCUACAUGACUUAUGAAGUUCAUGGAGUCCAAGUCAAUCUGGGAUCAUGCAUUACCCUGGAUGUCCUGAGAGUCGUGGAUCUGAAGUACUGCACUGGCAAUGGCAAUGGACAAUCUCAGCAGAUUCCAGGUGGCAUCUUCAACAACACACAGGGCAACAUCUUCAACCACACUCAAGUCAUCAUUGGUGGCCAGUCCCAAAUUGUGUCCAUCAACUGGCAAUGGCGUGUGGCUGUCAUUGAGCAAAGGAGCUUCAGCAGGUCCUGGAAAACCAUCUGGAACUACAACACAGGCAUCAUUGCAACCAAAGUCACGCAGCAGAACGCCUGCUACAUUUCCACCAUGAACAGAAAUGAGAUGCCCCUCUUUGAUAACCUGGCCCGCCUGGCAGAGGAGAGCAGGAAUCAGAUUGGUUUUGGAGGACCUUUCAAAAAAAUCACCUUUGUUGCCAGUGCAUACGUGAACAACCUGAGGUCUUAUGGAUCAGAUGUCUUCUCUAUGUGCAGUGGACUCACCACCUACAUGACUUAUGAAGUUCAUGGUUUCCCAGGACCCCAGGUGAAUCUGGGAUCGUGCAUUACCCUCGAUGUCCUGAGAGCUGUGGAUCUGAAGUACUGCACUGGUAAUUUCCAUGGCAAUGGACAGUCUCAGCAGGCAGGGAACAACUGCCAUUUCUCUGGUGCCUGUGUUUUCCAAAACAUGACUCUCAGCAGCCAAACACGUGAGGUGAUUAUCGAGCAAAGGAGCCAGCAGUUCUCCUGGAAAACCAUCUGGAACUACAACACGGGUGUCAUUGCAACCAAACUGGUGCAAGAGAGAACGUGCUACAUUUCCACCAUGAACAGAAAUGAGAUGCCCACCUUUGAUGCUCUCGUCAGAUAUGCUUCAGAGAACGGGAACCAGGUUGGCCUUGGAAGACCUACCAAGAGGAUUGCCUUUGUCACCAAUGGACUGGUCAACAACCUCUACUCCUAUGGAGCAGACAUCAUGGCUAUGUGCAGUGGACUCACCACCUACAUGGCUACCGAAGUUAACAGACCCCAGCUGAUUCAGGGAUCAUGUAUCUCUCUUGAUGCCCUCAAACUUGUGGAUCUGAGUUAUUGUGGUGGCAAUGUCAAUUCCUGA